GGGAGGAACAUGGCGAAAACCGAGCAGGUCCUGAGCCUGGAGCCGCAGCACGAGCUCCGAUUCAGAGGCCCCUUCACAGACGUCGUCACUACAAAUCUGAAACUUGGCAACCCUACAGACAGAAAUGUUUGCUUCAAAGUCAAGACUACAGCACCACGCAGAUACUGCGUGAGGCCCAACAGUGGGAUUUUAGAUGCAGGAACGUCUAUUAAUGUCUCUGUGAUGCUACAGCCCUUUGAUUAUGACCCUAAUGAGAAAAGUAAACACAAGUUUAUGGUCCAGUCGAUGUUUGCGCCAGCUGAUACUUCAGACAUGGAAGCAGUAUGGAAAGAAGCAAAACCAGAAGAACUCAUGGAUUCAAAACUUAGAUGUGUGUUUGAGCUGCCAGCAGAAAAUGAUAAACCUCAUGAUGUAGAAAUAAAUAAAAUUAUAUCCACAGCUGCAACAAAGACAGAAUCUUCUGUAAUGUCAAAAUCAUUAAGUUCUUCUUUGGAUGACACCGAAGUUAAGAAAGUAAUGGAAGAAUGUAAGAGGCUGCAGUUAGAAGUUCAGAGGUUACGGGAGGAGAAUAAACAAUUUAAGGAAGAAGAUGGACUGCGGAUGAGGAAAGCACCCCAGACAAACCACCCAAUCUCUGCUUCUGCUGCCGUUGUGAAGGAGGAGGGUCUCAGCACUAGACUACUUGCCUUGGUGGUCUUGUUCUUUAUUGUUGGCGUAAUUAUAGGGAAAAUUGCCUUGUAGAGGCAGCAUGCUCGAGGAUUGUAAAUCGGAUUGAGGGAUCUGCCAUAUCAUUGGAUUAAAUUUAUUCAUAACAAAUGUUUAAAAAAAAAUGUAUGACAUCUCA